CAGCCUCUCACACUUUGUUCAGUCUUCUCCUCUUCAGGAACCAUGUCUAGCAAAUCCACCAUGAGGAGCCAAAGCAUCGGCCACCGUGGCUUCAGUGCCAGCUCAGCCAGAGUCCCAGGGGGCUGCCGCUCUGGCUUCAGCAGCGUCUCUGUGUCCCGCUCCAGGGGCAGUGGUGGCUUCGGUGGAGUGUGUGGAGGAGCCGGCUUUGGCAGCAGGAGCCUCUAUGGCCUGACGGGCUCCAAGAGGAUCUCCAUCGGAGGGGGCAGCUGUGCCAUCAGUGGCGGAUAUGGGGGCAGAGUUGGAGGUGGCUUGGGCUAUGGAGGUGGAGCCGCAAGUGGAUUUGGUUUUGGGGGUGGCUUUGGGCUCGGUGGUGGACCCGGCUUCGCUGGUGGCUAUGGGGGCUCGGGCUUCCCUGUGUGCCCCCCUGGAGGCAUCCAAGAGGUCACCGUCAACCAGAAUCUCCUCACUCCUCUGAACCUGCAAAUCGACCCCACCAUCCAGCGGGUGAGGACUGAGGAGCGGGAGCAGAUCAAGACCCUCAACAACAAGUUCGCCUCCUUCAUCGACAAGGUGCGGUUCCUGGAGCAACAGAACAAGGUCCUGGACACCAAGUGGACUCUGCUCCAGGAGCAGGGGACCAAGACCGUAAGGCAGAACCUGGAGCCCUUGUUUGAGCAGUACAUCAACAACCUCAGGAGACAGCUGGACAGCAUCCUGGGGGAGAGGGGCCGCCUGGACUCAGAGCUGAGGAACAUGCAGGAUACAGUGGAGGACUUCAAGAACAAAUAUGAAGAUGAAAUCAACAAGCGCACAGCAGCAGAGAAUGAAUUUGUGACUCUGAAGAAGGAUGUGGAUGCUGCCUACAUGAAUAAGGUUGAACUGCAAGCCAAGGUAGACACUCUCACAGAUGAGAUCAACUUCACCAGAGCCUUGUAUGACGCAGAACUCGCUCAGAUGCAAACCCACAUCUCUGACACUUCUGUGGUCCUGUCCAUGGACAACAACCGUAACCUGGACCUGGACAGCAUCAUCGCUGAAGUCAAAGCCCAAUAUGAGGAGAUCGCUCAAAGGAGCCGGGCUGAGGCUGAGUCCUGGUACCAGAGCAAGUAUGAGGAGCUGCAAAUCACAGCAGGCAGACACGGGGAUGACCUGCGCAACACCAAGCAGGAGAUUUCUGAGAUCAACCGCAUGAUCCAGAGGCUGAGAUCCGAGAUCGACCAUGUCAAGAAGCAGUGUGCCAACCUGCAGUCCGCCAUCGCUGAUGCUGAGCAGCGCGGGGAGAUGGCCCUCAAGGAUGCCAAGAACAAACUGGCUGAGCUGGAGGACGCCCUGCAGAAGGCCAAGCAGGACAUGGCCCGGCUGCUGAAGGAGUACCAGGAGCUGAUGAAUGUCAAACUGGCCCUGGAUGUGGAGAUCGCCACCUACAGGAAGCUGCUGGAGGGCGAGGAGUGCAGGCUGAGUGGGGAAGGCGUUGGACAAGUCAACAUCUCUGUGGUGCAGUCCACCAUGUCUGGCGGCUAUGGCAACGCCAGCGCUGUGGGCGGUGGCUCAGGCCUGGGCGGAGGCAGCGGCUACUCCUACAGCAGCGGCCACAGCCUUGGAGGCGGCUUCAGUUCCGGCAGUGGCAGAGGCAUGGGGGCUGGCUUCAGCUCCUCUGGGGGCAGCAGCUCCACCAUCAAAUACACCACCACCUCAUCCUCCAGCAGGAAGAGCUACCAGCACUAA